UGCCACCGAGGUCUGGGGACCGCAGCCGUGGGCACAUGGGUCGGGACUCGGAUCCGAACCUCAGAGGAGGGGCUGUGCUGUUAGACCAGGGGCGCAGCCGCAAGACCCUGAGUCGAGUGGCCGGGGUUGUCCUCCCCAACCAGUAGAGACCCGCCCACAGCCCGUGGAGCGCCCCGCCCGCCGCCCGCCCCCGCCAUCCGAGCCGGGCUCCGCCGCCAGGGAAUCUCCAGACUGUAGCGAUCUCCAGGACCUGAGGUUUCCGGAGCUCUUCGAGGUCGCUUCGCCCGGAGCAGGCCUCUUUGGAGCCCUCACCAGGUGUCUGCCGCUUUCCAGCAUGAGGGUCUUCUUGCCUGUACUGCUGGCAGCCCUUUUGGGUGUGGAGCAAGCCCAUUCCCUAAUGUGCUUCUCCUGCACCGAUCAGAAGAGCAACUUGAAAUGCCUGUGGCCAACUGUAUGCCCGAGCUCUGACAAUUACUGUGUCACAGUAUCUGCUGCCGCCGGCUUUGGGAAUGUCAACCUUGGCUACACCCUGAAUAAGGGCUGUUCCGAAAUCUGCCCUCGUGAGAACAUCAACGUCAACUUAGGAGUAGCAUCCGUGAAUAGCUACUGCUGCCAAAGCUCCUUCUGUAACAUCAGCACAGCUGGCCUUGGUCUUCGCGCCAGUAUCCCCAUGCUGGGCCUUGGACUCCUGCUCAGCUUGCUGGCUCUGCUGCAACUGGAGCCCUGACCACCCCCGUGUGCUCCCCAUAUUCCCCCCAGCUCAGGAAGAAAAGCAGCCCCUUUUAGAUCCCAGGGGACUCUAGGAGCCUUCAGCUCCUCCUGGGUGUGUCUGGUCCCCUUCUACACUCUCUCAGCAUCAGGGAUGAGCACCAAAUGGACCCACAUCUGCUCUGUUGAAAUGGGACUGGCUACCCUUGUGUCCAGAGCCAAUCCUGUGACUUCCUUUGGGGAACCAGGAAAGGGGUGAAAAUCUUCCUUGGAGUCUCAGAGUCAGACACACUGACGAGGAUGUCUAACCGAACGAAUGUACACCUGUGUGCUUAGUGUGUCUGUGUGUGAAUGAAGCCACCUGGAGUGGAGAUGGGCAAAGGGGACCUGGAAGAUUCUAGAGCGGAAGGCCUCUGUCUCCACUAAAACUCCUUCCCCUGGCAUUACCGUACCCAGGUUGUACCUAUUUCAGGAGGCUGCCCAUGGAGGACUGCCACUCCCAGUGAAGGCUCCCACCCCUAGACCCAGUUGAGUCCCUGCCUGCCCUCUCUGCCCACACUGGCUUCCUGCUGCUAUUCUAGUGCCUCAAAUAAACUGUUCCCACCCA